CACAGAGAUGCAAAUAGUAAAGAAGAAGAAGAAGUGAGGAGCGAACUUUACUCUGUUGCUUCCAUUCAUAGUUUUGGGUCCACUUCGACGCGCGUGGAUUUUGCGCAACCAUUUCGGCCCACCUCCCACAAAGUGUUCGCGCGGACGGAGGGACACGGGAGCUGGCAGACGUCUGCGUGACAAGCAGGCGUUCGUGACCCCCCCCAAGUGGAAAGCGAAAGACGAACCAAAUGAGCGCCACCAUCUCCCACCAGCGCCAAGACGCCUGCGCGCAAAGUCUGAACAUGACCGCUUUGUUUUGCGUGGACGCGUGGAGCAUCGACUUAUCCGCGCAUUCUACGGGGAAAUAGUUUUGGAUUACUUCAUUUUUUUUAAUUUUUAGUUUUUUUUUUAAUGUGGGUGCGUGCGUGUGUGUGUUUGAGAGAGGAGAGAGUCACGAUGCGCGGAACCCUGGUGGGCGCACUGAUCCAGUCCUGCCUGGUUCUCUUGGUUAAAAGUGAGCAGUGGACGAUCAGGUCGGACUCCAGCAACUGUGAGCUCAACAAGAAACAAACAGACUUGAACUCCUUCCUGUGGACAAUCAAGCGGGACCCUCCUUCGUAUUUCUAUGGUACGAUCCACGUUCCCUACACUCGCGUUUGGGACUUCAUCCCCGAGAACUCUAAGCAGGCCUUCCAGGAGAGCAACAUCGUCUACUUCGAGCUGGACCUGACCGAUCCUUACACCAUCUCGGCUUUGACCAGCUGCCAGCUGCUGCCCCACGGCGAGAACCUGCAGGACGUUCUACCCAGAGACAUCUAUCGCAGACUCAAGCGGCACCUGGAGUACGUGAAGCUCAUGAUGCCCUCGUGGAUGACGCCGGAUCAGAGAGGAAAGGGACUUUACGCGGACUACCUCUUCAACGCCAUCGCCGGGAACUGGGAAAGGAAGCGUCCGGUUUGGGUCAUGUUGAUGGUGAACUCGCUGACCGAGGCCGACAUUAAGACGAGGGGGGUGCCGGUGCUGGACCUGUACCUGGCCCAGGAGGCGGAGAGGAUGAGGAAGAGGACGGGAGCGGUGGAGAAGGUGGAGGAACAGUGUCAUCCACUCAAUGGACUCAAUUUCUCACAGGUGAUCUUUGCCCUCAACCAGACUUUAUUACAGCAAGAAUCCUUACGAGCAGGAAGCCUUCAGGUCCCGUACACGACGGAAGACCUCAUCCGGCACUACAACUGUGGUGACCUCAACUCCAUCAUCUUCAACCAUGACACAUCACAGGUCCCAAACUUCAAUAAUGUAACACUGCCAGCCAGUGAGCAGGUGACCGCCCAGGAAAUAGACACCUACUUCCGACAGGAACUCAUCUACAAGAGGAACGAGCGAAUGGGCAAACGGGUCAAGACCCUACUGGACGAGCACCCAGAAAAGAGCUUCUUCUUUGCCUUUGGAGCAGGUCACUUCCUGGGCAACAAUACAGUAAUUGAUGUGCUUCGUCGUCAAGGACACGAGGUAGAGCACACCCCUGCUGGGCAGCCCAUUAACAGGAGAUCAUCUUCCAGACUAACUGAGUCUGGGGACCAACAAGAUGAGACCCCUCUCCUGGAGCCUUUCUUCCACGAACUCCCAGACAGGGACGAGGAUGACGGCCAUCUCUUGGAGGAUGACAGGUUGACCCACAUGCUCCUGCCUUCGGACAGCCUAGAGCUGCUGGAGAAAGCGGAGAAGAAAAUGCUGAAGAAGAGGAGGAGGAACAAGCAAAAGAAACAGAGGCACAGGCAUUUUAACGAUCUCUGGGUCCGCAUAGAAGAGAGUGCCGCGCCUCAGUCUCCGCCUCCCCCGGUGGUUCGCAUCAUCAACGGUUACAUCACAGUGAAGCCUCCCAGCAGAGUCUUCAACCACUACAACUAUUACAACCUACCAUCUGCCUCGUCGUUAUCCUCAUCCUCACUCGUCCUCCUGUGUGUGUCGCUGAUUGCCGUCCAUCAGACAUGGACUAUGUUGCUCCAGUAGAGUAUUUGUUGUACACACGGACUCCUCGAGUAGAAGUACAUGGAGCGAAGCAUCUCUCUGACAAACUGGGGGUAUGGACGUGUAACUGUGUGUGUGUGUGUGUGUGUGUGUGUGUGUGUGUGUGUGUGUGUGUGUUAUCUAUCAGCUCUUAAGCCUCCUGGCCUUACACCCGCAGUGUUUUCAGACUUGUAUUUAUUCUUCCUUAUUAGAAGAAUGAUUGUGUUUACUGCUACAGAAUAGCCUACCGCAUCAGGGGACAUUUGUAUAUAUUGUUUAAAUACUAUAGAUGUAUUUUUAGUACGAUCAAAAAUAAAAUUUAUCACAUGUUGCCAUUCGUGACUGUACAAACAGAUUCAAAAUAAAUCAGCAAUUAGCCACAA